UAGGACCUAAGGGACAUAUUGUACUUUUACAUGAUAAUGUUAACAUGUAAGAUGAUUAUGAAAACGAGUUAGUUUAAGCUUACUUCUAAAAGAAGAUUGGCCUGUGAUAAUAUCAUUCACCGAUGAAACAAGCAAAGCAAACUGAGCAACACUAAACCGAGAGGCAACCUUUCUUGUAGAAAAGGUAAACAUUAUUGGAGACACUGGUAUUCGGUUGUUGACACAAUGAAUGCUAAACGUCAUUACAAGAAAGGACUAUAAAAUAAAGAGCGUUACCGCGGACGUUAAAAACACAACUACAGAUCAAGCAAACAGAAAAAAGUUAUUUUCUUGGAUUUUAUAUCUACGUAUAUCGUUGAUAAAAUUUGAUCGGAGAUGAGUACGGAUGGUGGUGAGCAAAAUGCCGACUCGGCAAGAAUAUGUACCGUGUUUGGCUACGACGAUGGGGAGAACAUGCCUUUCAAAUUUCCUCCCCUGAACCAGCAAUCAUCAGAAGUCAACAGUCAAAUAACAUUAGAUGAUGAGGAUGACGAAUUCGAUACAGAGGCAAAGCCGAUAUUCUGUGAGCUUCAGAAGCUUUAUAGCAUUUCACAGACUGACCCACUUGACGUGGAAUGGCGGGAAGUAGGGCGAUGGAUUAAAUAUGAAGAGAUCGUCGAAGAUAGUUUCAAAAGAUGGUCGAAACCCCAUGUGUCAUGCCUUUCUCUGAGGGCCAUCUAUGAGUUGAAGAAAUAUUUCAACAAUGGGGUCGUGUGUCUGGAUAGCCAUGCCACGACGCAUGCUGAAAUUGCCAAAGCCAUAUGUGAUGAGCUAAUCAGCGAGGAGAUAUGUUCAGAGGAAAGAGCGUCCACGAUAUCAGAAAUAUACCUAAAAUCCCACAUCCACCAGUACCAGAUUGGAUCUCCGUUCCAGAGGUCGAUCUCAUCGGUAGACACCGGGAGUCCAUCAUCGCCGAAAGAAGGUUAUAGAGGUGGUAGUCUAACACCAACACGCAGCAGAUCGAACAGUACGUCUGAGGGCGAAGUAAAAAAACAAGAGAAACCAUCAAAAAAGUUUGCACGAAAAGUUCCGAAGAAUGCCGAAGGUGCGACGCUGCUGGUGGGAGGAUGCGAAGAAGUGCAUAAGCCAAUAUGUGCUUUCCUAAGACUUAAAGACCCUAUCACCCUCGAGGGGAUGAAUGAAGUUAAUGCUCCAACACGUUUUGUGUUUCUGCUUAUUGGCCCAAAUUCUGCGUCAUCUGUGUAUCAUGAAAUAGCCAGGUCGAUGGGUACCUUGUUUGCAUGCCCAGUGUUUCGGGAGACUGCCUACACCGCUCAAACUAAGGUCGGUAUUCACCAUGCCCUUGACUUGUUUAUGAACGACGCGACGGUGCUUCCGUCAACCGGUUGGGAUCACACUACACGUCUAGAACCACCAAGUCACUACACCGAUAAGACUUGGACCCAAUGUCUGGAGGGUGAGGAUGAAAUUAUUGAGCAUACUGAAGAUGAACACGAUAGGAUAAGGAGAACUGGAAGGCUAUUUGGGGGUUUGGUGCAGGACAUAAAGCGAAAGGCGCCUUUCUACUUGAGCGACUUCAAAGAUGCAAUACAUUUUCAAACUUUGGCAUCACUGGUGUUUGCCUACUUUGCUAGUUUAUCGGCAACUAUUACAUUCGGUGGGCUAAUGGGUACAGCUAUAGGCAAUAAUAUGGCUUCCUUCGAGUCAUUGAUAUCAGCUGCAUUCUGUGGAAUAACCUACGCUCUCCUAUCUGGCCAGCCUUUAACCAUACUGGGGGCCACAGGUCCAGUCUUGGUCUUUGAGACCAUCGUGUAUGGAUUCUGCAAUGAUCAAGGUUGGUACUAUCUGGAGUUCCGGUUAUGGGUAGGACUAUGGACUGCUAUCAUACUGUUAAUCGUAGUCAUGUUCGACCUAAGUGCCCUGGUAAGCUAUAUCACAAGGUUCACAGAGGAGAGUUUCUCGUGUCUCAUCUCUCUAAUUUUCAUAUUAGAGGCCUGCCAGAACAUGAUCUACAUCCAGGAUAAGCAUCCCGUCCACAGAAACUUCCACGUACUUCAGCUGAAACCGGGAGAGGAGGGAAAUUUCUUCUUUUUCCAACAGAAUAAUUCAACAUGUAAAUGCAUCCUGGGAGAUUCGAACACAACUGAUAUUGAUUUUGUGUCCAGGACGCUGAAUAUAACUAACGCCAGCAGCACAGAUAUACCAUUCACCAUGUGUGAUGCCUUUAACGGAACGCUGAGUGACUGCCAGAAAGCAACAUUCUCACCUGAUGUUUUCUUCUUCUCGUUUAUCGUUUUCAUAUCAACGUUUAUGAUCGCAUUUGGACUGAAAAUCUUCAAGGAGACGAGAUUCUUUCCUGUCAUUGUGAGAAAGGCACUGGCGGAUUAUGCAGUUCCUAUUGCCAUAGCUACAAUGACGGCCAUAGACAUAAUUGUAGGAAUAGACACUCCUAAACUUAACAUCCCAACAGAAUUCAGACCAACACUGCCAGACAGAGGUUGGAUCAUAAUUCCAUUUAGUAAGAACGCCUGGUGGACCGUUCUAGCUGCCCUCGUCCCGGCCCUCCUGCUAAGCAUCCUUGUCUUUAUGGACCAGCAGAUUACGGCAGUCAUUGUCAACAAUAGGAGGUUCAAACUCAAGAAAGGCCCUGGAUACCAUCUUGACUUACUGAUCAUUAGUGUGCAAAUAGCGAUCUGCAGCGUGAUAGGGACCCCGUAUUUUGUGGCGGCGACUGUACGUUCUAUCAGCCACGUCCAGAGUCUGGGGAGAGAAUCUAAGGAAGCCGCACCAGGAGAGAAGCCUAAAUUCCUUGGCACUAGAGAGCAACGAGUCACGGCGUGUCUUGCAUUCGGUAUCAUUGGUGUUUCUGUGUUAUUCGCUUCAGUACUGCAGAGAGUACCAAUGCCGGUUCUGUACGGUGUCUUUCUUUACAUGGGUGUAGUAUCCCUUGGUGGUGUCCAGCUUGCAGACCGCAUAUUCCUACUGUUAAUGCCUCAGAAACAUCAACCUGACCAUAAAUACCUGAGGACUGUCUCAACUGCCAGGGUACACUUAUUCACUCUGAUACAAUUGUUCUGCCUGACAGUACUCACGGUGGUGAAGAAUAUCAAGAGCAUCUCUAUUGCAUUCCCUCUUAUGAUCCUUCUGCUGUGUUUUGUCCGCAAAGCACUUGACUGGGUCUUCACCAAACAAGAACUAUCAGAUCUAGACGACCUUCUACCUCAAGUCGGUAAGAAAGAUGAAUUCUCAGAUAGGCACAUUUUUGACAUCGAGUCUCAUGACAUCCAAGAUGUCACUAACAAACUUACAACCAACGGCGAUGUUAAUCGAAACAACGUCCCUGCUAUAGUCUUGAAUGGACAGGAUGGCUUGCAACAAAGGAGGCCUAGUAAAAUUCAAGUUGAAUACAAAAUGACCAAACCAGCAUCCGGGCAUGAUAUGACUGCCCUGUGAGAUGCUUCAAUAUGAUUCAAUGAGAAUUCCAUGCUUCCCUUUUGUACCUGAUUAAAUUCAAUUAUGGACAAGUGUCAUGAAUGUGGAUGAUGUGAACUGACACAGUAGUCACACAAAAACAAUCUGCAACAAACAAUGAUAAUUAGUAUGCAGUGUGUAGAUAAUAGUAUAGCAUAUUGGCGUUGUGAACUGACACAAUAGUCACACAAAAACAAUAUGCAAC